AAAUACUUGAAAGAGCUUCAUGAUGCCACUUAUACACCACCAUCUACUGAAGCAAUUUCUGUUCUUCAAUUGAAUAUUCAAUCAUUGAAUGAAUCUCUUGUCUCUCCUGUACAAGUGUCUCAACUGUUAUACUGUAAGAGAUGUAUAAGUGAAGCUACUCUGGAUGAAAUGGAGAGGAUGGAUCAGAGCAGGUCACUGGAUGACAAGAAGACCACUCUAUUGACUGCCAUACAAGAAACAGUGUCUAGUGACCACAGGAAAUUUAAGGACAUUGCUAUGGUGCUGUCUGAUGUUAAAGAAACAAGAGAUAUAGCCAAUAAAAUGAUGACCGAAUAUGAACAGGAAAUUCCUGAAGACGAUGAUAGCACAUCAGUAGUACAACCACAGGAAGUAGAAAUUGGUAACGAAGAUUAUGCUAGUGAUAUAUUGAGGAAUAAUUACAGUGCUCUCUCUCAGUCAAUAACUGAACCAGUUCGUAUGGCAAGGUUGCUUCAUGAAGAGGUUAUAUCUGAUGAGGCUCUGUCUUGUGUCAUGUCUACCAGAGGUUCUGUCUCUGACAGUAGAGCAGUUCUCCUCAAAGCUGUACGAGAUGCUGUUCACUCCAAUUACAAACACCUGGAGUUGUUUGUUACUGUAUUGAGGAAGUUCUCAAAAGUUACUCAUAUUGGUGAUGCUAUCUUUGAAGAAUACAAGGCGUUGUUUCCUGAAGGAGACAUAGUGUCUGAACUCCACUGUCAUCAUCAUCUUAACCAAUCACAUUCUGAAGAAGAGACUUCAUCAGCAUCUUCAGUGUCAGUUGGAGGGCCAGUGUAUUUUCCUUCAAAUAUGGAUCCAGAGUUUAGCUCACUGAGGUGUAAAUUUGGUUCAGCAUUUUAUGCAGCAAGAUGUGCAAUUGAAAAAAAGAACAUAGAUCCACUCCAAAUGAGGAUGUUACUUAGUGAUUGUUUUCCACAUAAACCUGAGUUUGCCAACAAAUCUUUAAAAAAUACUCAUGAUAUUGUUGACAUAGUAAAAAGGAACUGUAAUCUCAUUGAUAUUAAUUGUCUUGAGGUUUUAGUGAUGCACUUUGAUGUGUCAGAAGCUGUAGACCCUCUUGAAGCAUACAAGGCUGAAGUACAAGAGUUUUGUAAGGUACUACGAGAUGAGCUUAAUGAAUCGCUGGAAGUUGUGAGGAGUCCAAGAUCUCUUUCUCGAGAGACCAUUGUAUUGGUUCUUGAUCAAACCCCUCUUACCUGCACUGUGGGUGAUGUUAAAGAUGUAGUGCGAAAAGCCUCAGGAGCUCACAUUGAAGAUGUUCGUAUUAUGAACAUCAGUGAUUCACACUCCAUUGCUAUUACUUGCUUUGUUCCUAUGAGUUUGACAGGAUAUGUCAUUACUACUGUUCUCCAAAAUAUAAAAGAUUUUCAAUCAAAAGGGCUGAGAGAAUUAAUAUUGAAUGACACAAUAAUUUGGAAAAUCAACGAUCACAGACAAGAAGCUAGUACUGAAACUGAUGCCACAAUUGAAAGCAGGGAGCUACUUGAUUCACAGUUGGUUUUCCAAAACAUUGAAAUAGAAGAAGAAAAUCGACUAAUUGACGACAAAUCAAUAGAUUCUAUUGAAAAAUUGAAAGAGCAGCUACAAGCUCAUCUUAAAAUUAAGAAAAUGAUGGGAUUUGAAAUAGAGCGUUUAAAAACCAAGUUAGCAUCAUUGAAGGAGCUAUCAGAUAAUAGACUAAAAGAAAUAGAACAAUUAAAACUGAAGCUUGAAGAUAGUAACAAGUUACAAGUUGAAGAGAUAUCAGAGACAUUUAAGGAUGAACUAUCUGAUAGUGACACAUUAACACAAGAGGCUGGAGAUGUGAAAUGGAGUCAUAAGCAGCACCGUGUACAUCUCACUAAAGCAUCAGUAGAUGAAUGUAAGGACGUAAUUAGUCAGCUGAAUGAGGAACAUCGUUACAUUGUACUCAGAGAUUUGUCAUCUGACAGUAUACGGUAUCUAAUGCCAAAUAUAUUGAAAGGAAAUAAAAUACAAAACUGUACAAUAUACUCAUUCUUAGCACGUGAUGAUAUCCUCUCAUUUUCUCCUCAACUAUCAACGAAUGAAUCGUUAACAAGUCUACAAAUAUCUCAUAGUUCAAUCAAUGACGAUGGAGUUGUUGCAUUAGUGCAACCACUAAAAUGUAAUAAAAAUCUUCAAUACUUAUAUCUUUAUUACAAUCCUGAUAUUACUUCUGCCUGCACUAAAUCACUUGCUGAACUUUUACUCACUAACAGCUCACUCAUUCAACUUCAUCUUCACCGCACUGGUAUUGAUAUGGAUGGAGUAACGACACUGAUACAAACUCUCAAGACCAAUAAUACACUAAAGGAACUCUGGCUGGAUAAAAAACAUAAAAAAAAUUUUACCUCAGGUUAUGAUGAAAAAAGAAUAAAAUUUUGUGUGCAUACAGUUCACUUGCAUGACAACAUACUUCAAGAGGGACAGAGCUCUGAGGUUUAUUUUUAA